CACAAGAGGGGUUGCUUCGCUCGCGUGCUGCCGGUCCACUGCAGUGAAAAAAGCAGUCAGGAGUCGUUCAGACGCGGUGCGUUGUUGUGGAGCUCGCCGGCGGGGUGCUCGCAUAGUCGCGCGGCUCGGUACGACGUUCGUGCAGCGGCUAUUUAGGCAAGGACCAGGGUCUCGCAAGGAGGAGGAGUAGUCCUACACCUUCCGUCCAAGCGGUGCAGAAGGGAGCCCGAAGCAGCAUGAGGCUGAGCGGAGGGUGGCACCAGCGGCUCCUAUUCGCUCUCCUGCUCUCGGUGUGCAGCGUCAGCGCAAAGUCUCGCCACAACCGGGAUGGCAGCGCAACCUACGUGGAGGAAGAUGAAGACAAGUUCCUCAGCAGCGAGGACUCGGUCGCACCGACUGCGCCCAAAGCACUGCCUCUUGAUUUUGAUUUGUGCGAGACCAUGGUGUGCGGUCGGGGCCGCCAGUGCGAGCUGAACGACGCCGGCGAGGCAAGCUGCGUCUGCCAGAAGUCUUGCAAGAAGAGGCGCAAACCUGUGUGUGGCUCGGACGGCAACUACUACAUCAACCACUGCGAGCUGCACAGGGCCGCCUGUCUCGCGGGAAAGCCAAUCGCCAUCGACCACCGCGGAAACUGCAAUCGGGUUGAGCACGAGAGUUCUACGGAGAAGACCAACUCUACCCAGCAGGGCCCGGAGAGCAAGAUGGACAGGACUGAGGUACCUUCUUCGUGGACGAAUAUGCCAUCACACGAGACAAAGGUGUCCACGACCACGGAGUCCGAGGAUUCAACGCAGCAGGACUGUACCCAACAGGAGUACGACUUCAUGAAAGAGAAUCUACUGCUCUACAACAACGCCAAGAUGACAGAUAACAAGAAGACAGGCAACGAGUACCUGGUGAGCAUCAUGUUCUCGCACUACGACCACAACCACAACGGGCUGCUGGAGGCCGAGGAGCUGUGGAAGGCCGGCGAGGAAGACCGGCUCGGCCAACUGUCCACCGUGUGCAUACUGGCCGACAUGCUGCUCUUCGACGACGCCAACCACGAUGGCCGGCUCAACAUCAACGAGUUCUAUCUUGCCUUUAGUAAGUUAUACAGCGUCUCAGUUGUGUCGCUGGAUAAGUCUCUCGAGGUAAACCACGUGACUGCUCGUGUUGGCGACAAUGUCGAGAUCAAGUGUGACGUCACCGGGACUCCUCCACCUCCAAUCGUAUGGCGUCGCAACAACAUGGACCUGUCCUCGCUAAGCGAAGACGAGAUCAAGGUAUUCGUUGAUGGCUCCCUAUACCUUACCAACGUUCAACUGGUACACUCUGGAAACUACACAUGCCACGCCCAGAGAAAUCAUGACGUGAUCCAAACACACAUUCUGCACGUUCAAACAAUGCCCGAGGUUCGGGUGAUUCCAAAGCUUCAGUCGCGCGCACCAGGUGAACUGGCUGAGAUGGAGUGUCACGUGACGGGAGUACCUACUCCGCGGGUCACAUGGCUGAAGAACGACGAAGGCCUUCGAGUCGCCACCGACAAGUACACUAUAAUCGGAAACGGGACAGCCUUAAUGGUCGGCAAGAUUACCUACAGCGACACCGGAGCGUACAUGUGCGUUGCAUCGAAUCCCGCUGGAUCCACAAGGGACAUCAGCUCGCUCGUUGUCCAAGACCAGCCAACUCCAACGGCCCCGUCCGAGGAGCGCCGGUUCUUCACCUUCCACGACUGGGGUGUGGCAGUGUACGAUCCGGACAACUGCCGUCUCUACCACCAGAUCCAAAGCGUGGACAUCAUCCCAGGCACGCAGGAGUACGUGUGUGGCGAUCGGGGCGCCAACUGUUCCUGGGGUCGUGCCAUCAACGUGGCCGAUCGAUACGUCUACGUCUCCCAGCCGACCAAGGGCCGCGUGCUGAUCAUAUCGCGCAUACAGAUGGUCGUCGUCGACGUGGUGGUGACGGACAAGUUCCCCGUGGACCUUCACUACGUGCCACAUCUGGACCAGGUGUGGGUUCUUUGCUGGCGAGGCCCCGUGGACCGUGGCACCAAGACCAUCCAGAUCAUUCGCGACGCCAGCCAGAAGAAGAAGCAUCACACCGUGCACCCAGAGCCAGUCGAUGGACAUUUUGACCUGGUGAGCGGGCUGUUCAUCCCGCCGGCGCAGGACCUCGGUUAUCCUUGGAAAUACGGCUACGUAGUCCACACCAACCAGCGCGGCAUGUACAAGAUGGACCUGCGGGCCAUGAAGUACAUCAAGACCGUCGAUCUGACGCCCUACAACUGUGCCCCAGCAAGCGCCGACUUUGCCUCCCUGGGGGGCUUCGUGAUCCUGGAGUGCCUGGAACCCAUCACUCAGCGGCCCAUGGGCCAGAUCCUGCUCGACUACCUGACCGACACGGUGCUUUCGCACAAGACCAACCUCUUCGGCCGUCCGCGCGUCUCACCCGACUCGCGGCACGUUAUCACGCUGCAGAGUGCCAACAACAGCGUCGUCAUAGUAGCUCAGGAGGUCACCGAGCAAGGUCUACGGUUCCUGUUCGACGUGAAGACAACGUUGCAGAUCAGCGACGCAACUUUCUUCACGUCGCGCACAAGCCACAGCUACGACUUGUACGCCAGCUCGUCCACCAAGGAGGACAUUCUUUUGGUGAACCUGCAGGACGGCAAGGUCGAGGUCAUCACGGGCACGGGCCGCGCGAUCGAUCCACGCGGCGCACGCUGGGGCAACGCCAACCGGCCCAUCAGCAGCGCGGGCGUCUUCGGCACCUACAUGGUCACCACGGCCAGCGAGGCUGUCUUCGUGCUCAACGGCAAGACGCGCACUGUCAACUGCGAGAUCGGCAAUGUCGUCCAUCCGCGAAUGAUGGUUUGGGUGCGCUCGCCCUAAACUCGCCCCUCUUCUCUCCGCCUGUCAUGCUGCCCCCGCCUUUUCCCUCGACCAAUUCCAGCCUAUGGCUCUCUCUCUCUCCUCUCUCUCAGUUUAUUUUUCUCUUUCUUUUACGGUUAUUUCAGGUGUGUAUGAGGCAAAGAACAGCGCCGUUGCUUAAAUCGGCAGCGAGAUGUGGCGCGUUUCUGGCCUAGACGAAAAUCUGUGCAUCUAGCACGCUCGUCAGUACGCACAGCAUCGUCAUAUGCUUCGGAGAGUACUGCACGAGACGGCGCCGACGCUGAAGCAGCUUUUUCCUCUCAGAAAGCCCUGGGGGGGAGAGAAGGCUCCCCUCAGGACGCCUGGUAGGGAAUUGAGAGCAAGACGCUGGCGCCGUAAUUGCGCAGCCAAUUUAGCGGAUAGCUAGCAGCGUAUCCGUUGGCGCAGAACUGCUCGCGAGUCUAAAGGAAAGAACUGACCCUGUCACUCUAUCUGGGGAAUCCAGCUAAGCCUAACUGAUCUGACCAUAAAAAACAGACGGUGCAAUAACGCCUUGAGUAAUCCCUACUUUCACGCUAAAUCAACAAACAGGAUUCACACUUUCAAGUGGAAAUGCUUCUAGGCGUAUAUAAUAUAUAGCCAGCAGGAGAAAACAAUACACAGUACAUUUAACCGCAAAGAUUGAACAUUUGACGCCGUUUUUAUAUGUCCAAUUUUUUCCUCCUUAAAUAGUUCGUUUCCGAGCAAUAAGUUUUCGUCCAAGGGCGCGACAGUAGUUGCGUUGACGACUUAGAAACAUAAAAAAAAAAACGUUUGUACACGUGAACACGCGCUGCCUAUGCUUCUUUGUGAGGCUUUCUCUUUCAGUGUUCGAGGUAGAAGAACGAGGCUUAUGGCCGCCGUCCACUUAGCUGCUUUGCGGUCUAGUCCGGAGAACUGCAAUCCAUGAUAUCGUUGGGUUUGUCUUUUCUGUGUUCAUGCGCUUUUAAAGGUAGCGAUCGCGUGUAAUGCAGUGAAGAGUUUGGGCAGGGGUGAUCAGAACAACUUACAUCGACGUUUAAAGUAACAAGUGGCAGGCGCCAAUCAUGAAUAGUGGCAGCACACGAAAGUUUGCUGUGGUUAUCAAAGGCAAAAGAUUAUCUGUAAAAAUCGAGGCAUUUGUUUAGAGGUUGCUGGAUAUCCCUUAAGGAAUAGUUUCUACUGUUUGGCUGUGUGUCGACGCUUCUACUGUUAUGAGCUUGUGGUCUCAUCUGAAUCGGCAACACUGUUUCAAACAAAUUUCCUCCGAACUCGAUACUUGAUCCAAUGAGCGUUAACGUAAGGGACACUCGAGUAGCUGUCGACGUGUCCCGGGUCGACUGUUUCUCUCCGAAAUUACGAAUAAUAAACAGACAGCUUAAUCAGUGUUCAUUUUCACUAGUAACUGCUGUCCCUAUACUACCAUUCCGUGAUCAGAAUUAUAAGGUGUCAUAGCGGGACUUGCAUGCUGGAGUAAUAUUAUUAAUUUUGCUGUUAAAUUUUACCCCUGAGAAAUUUCUGUAUUCUUAACUAAAGUGCAUCAAAACUAGACGCUUCUGACUGUUGCGCAUGCAAACAAAUGCUCUAUUUUCUCGCUUUAUUCCUUUCUUUUAUACAGCGCUGACGACAUUACUCGUUCGACUACUAGAUGAUCGUAUAUGAAAUAAGGGGACGUUUAAUGUGGCCUUUUCCAUUGAGAAGGGUCAUUGCGCUUCUACUAUUACCACCGGCGAUGGUUAAAAAUUCAUGUUGUACAUAACCUAUAGCGAUAUGUAUUCGUUUCAGGUUGUGCAGUACUCGGCGUCUUAUGUAGCAUCUGAGCUCUAUUUGUCAAGUGCAGUUUGGGCUUAGUCGGUCAUGAAUUUCAGAGUACACUAAGGCUAUAUACCUGGACAAAUAUGAGCGUGUUACAGUGUGCGAAAGCAGCAUGUUGUCAUACUUAUUUCGGCGUCCGUGGCUUUCUUAACCCGGACAGAUACGCAGCGGAUGUCCAUGCACAGCUUCCUUUGCCUGAAAUGCCUCAGCUGAAAGGACUCAAUCUUGACGAGAUGUCAUGACAGAUUUAGGCUUUCACUGUCUGAUCGCAUGCGAAGUCUAGAAGGCGUUAAGAUGAUGCAAUAUCGCGUUGGCCAGUCUCGUAGUUGUGAUGGUCUUGAAAAUUUUUUCGCUUCCUCGAAAAUGGCCCGGUAUGACUGUAGCUAAGGCAGCCGAGUAGUACGCACGAAUAUUCGCAGGAAAGCACAAUUUUCUGUCGUUCAUGAAGAAAUAAUAUGAUUGUUCUAUAGGUAUAAGCUACGAAAGUUGGGAAGGUGCGUCCGUUCAUCUGCUACUGUCCUGCAUCCACCUAAUCCAAGCAGUCAGAAUGAUAUGUGUAUAUUAAGAAAAAGCUUUUUCUACUUUAGUUGUUUUUUAUUUUGACGUUUGCGACUGUAAUUCUAGUCUUGACUGUAAUUCUCGUCCGUGUAGUGUCACACUUGUAAAUAUGCGUAUUUGGAGUUAAAAUGAAGAUAUGUUGCGCCGAGGCGCGAAUGUAGACCAACUUGUUUCGCUAUAUAUAUAUAUAUAUAUAUAUACAUAUAUAUAUAUAUAUAUAUAUAUGAUUCUGAAGUGUGCUUGUCGAAAGUGCAUUGGUGUGUAUGUAUGUGGCAUAAAUAAAGAACUGUGCUAGAAGCACUUAGCAUUUUCCAUGCUCCUUGUGAUGGGGGGCUGUGCUUUCAGUCGCGCAUUUUAAUUUCUCUGGAGCUGGUUUUGUUACUCACACAGUAUGAAAUAGCUCGCCUCGGUCUUUAGUUAUGUUGUUCUUGUGAAAGUUUAGGUUCUUGUUCAUUCCAGUGAAAAACAAAAUAUGACGCAACAGUAGACUGUUUCAUCUUGCUUUUUUAAACUGAUAUUCGUUUGCUGUCAAAUCAUAAUCAACUCAUGGGAAACAAAGAAAACAUGAAAGGAGAAAAACAAGACCAAGAAGGCCCCAAUUGGUAAAUUCAGGCAAGAAAAUUGUAGUGUUCAUUAUCGUAAAAAUUUAGAUGAAAAGAAACAAAAGCCAGCAUAACAUUUGUUCGUUGCACAAACUGCACUGGUGUCUUCUUGCGUGCCGACAACGCGCACUACGCGGUACGGGUUACUCCUAGAUUGGCAACAAAUAUAGUAGAAGGUUUGCUGCUUCUGUUACGUGGCCUAAAUGCUCAUAUGAGGCGCGCUGUUUCAGAUAAGGAAAGCCGUAAAUAUACUGCGGUGGCGUUCUGCUAGUCGUAGAGCUCAGAAACUUCGCAAGAAAACAGCAUACCGUGGCUAGUCGGCAUUGUGCGCGGCUACGCGGAGCAAAUUGCACGCGCCACGCUGAAACUGAUAGCCAUCGAGGGCGCACGCAACCUGGGCUCUCCAAAGCCUUGAGGGGUGUCACGUAAGGUUGGGCGAUGCACGCAACGAAACGAGACGCCCUCCCUCGCCCUCCCGGAGCACAACGACGCGCCGUGUCUCUCUUUCCACGCGUCCUCCGCGCCCUCCGGCCACGUCGUACGUCCCGCACGACUGCAAAGCGGCACCCGAACUCCGCGAAUCGCAGAUGGCCACCGCUGCUGAGACCGCGUGUUCCCGACAUCGUUCUUCCUCCGUCUGAGGCGCAGUCGCGACGACGACGAACCUCGAUUCACGACGGUCGAGAAGUGUACGUUCUAACUUGUGCUGGCUGUAUACAUGUGGUAUUAUUUUGUGUAAGUAGAAAUUUUCAUGCGUGGUUAUACCGUCUGUCUGCUUGUCACACGGCUCGUGGGAUGCGUAAGAGAGUGUGACGAAAAUGCUUGAAUAAAAAAGUUGCACUUGCA